CCGUGAAGCCAUGAAGCGCCAGGCGACCCUCUCUCGUUUCUUCGCGCGCAAGUCGCAGCCAGCCCCGUCCCCUCACUCCCCUUCCCCCGCCCCCUCACUGCCACCAGGCGCCGUCCGCGUCAGCACUCCGCCCUCCCUCCUCCGCCCGCCACGCGCCUCCCCCGCCCCCGCCGCCGACGGCGGUGCCACCGGUGGUGGUCGUGACGGUGGCGGUGACCGUAGUGGCGGCGGGUUGACUGAGCCUUGCUGCGCACUCGGAUCAGCGGAAGGGGCAGUCGAUCAUGGGGGAGCGGGGGCACCUGGGGAGGGAAACACGGAGAAGCCUCUCGCUGGAAGGGCAACUGUUGAAACAUCAGCAGCCAUUGCUGCUGCUGCCUCUACAGCCGCUGCACUCGCACCUACCGCUCCCUCUGCCUCUGCAUUUCGAGCCAAGUUCAUAAACUCUUGUCCAUCCCUCCCUGCUGCCACUGCUGCUUCCACUCGCCCUUCUGCUCCCCCUGCAUCUGCUCCCCCUGCAUCUGCUCCCCCUGCAUCUGCUGCCGCCAGAGAAUCCGAUUUCAUCCCCGGCAUAAGCCUGCCCCUGCCAGGCACGAAGCUGACCCCGUUAGAGGAGCAGAUCGUGGCCCUGAAGCAGCGCCACCCGGACGUGCUUCUACUGGUGGAGGUCGGCUACAAGUACCGCUUCUUCGGGGCCGACGCUGACGUGGCGGCGCGGGUUUUGGGCAUCUACUGCCACGUGGACAGGGCGUUUCUGACGGCAUCUAUCCCCACGUUUCGAUUGCACGUGCACGUGAGGAGACUAGUGGAAGCGGGGUACAAGGUCGGGGUGGUGCGGCAGAGUGAGACUGCCGCGAUUAAAGCCCAUGGGAGCAAUAAGAGCGGGCCGUUUGGGCGGCAUCUGUCGGCUUUGUAUACCAGGGCGACGCUAGAGGCGGCGGAGGAUUUGGGGGGAGGGGGGGAGGGCGGGGAGGGCCGUGGUGAAGGAGGAGUGGGGGAAGGGGCGGGGGGUGGGGGAGGAAGGGGGGAAGGGGGAAUGGGAGGGAGGCUGAGUAGUUACCUGGUGUGUAUAGCGGAAGAGAAUGUGGGAGAGGGAGAGAAGGGGAGGAAGGAUGGAGGGAGGGGAGUAGGUGGAGCUGGUGCUGGUGAUGGCAGUGCGGGUGGUGCUGGUGCUGCUGGGGGCGCCGCUCCAUCUCAAACUGCUGCUUCCCCUCCCCACCUCUCUCCGCCAAGCAUGGAUAUGGAGGGAUUUCAAGGCACGGGUGCUGGCACGGGUGCAGGCACGGAUUCCGAUUCGCGGAUAGGGCUGGUGGCGGUGGAGACGUCGACAGGGGAUGUGGUGCACGGGUGCUUCACUGACGGCGUGCUGCGGUCGGAAUUGGAGUCACAUCUGGCGCACAUUGCUCCCACGGAGAUCGUUAUCGCGGGGCCAGUGUCAUCUGCAACACACAAGCUCCUCUCGUACCUGUCGUGUCGAGACCCCUCCCUGAGAAUCACCGAGGCAGGCUCUCAUCAGCCUACUGGCACGGGUGCUGGCAGUGGCAACAGCAAGGCAAGCAUCGCUGAGGGCUGUGGCAUGGGUGGUGCUGGGGGAAUAGGGGGAGUUAGUGGACGUGGUGGCAGCAGCAGCAGCAUGUGUGGGGUGCGUGCAGCACUCGCAGAGUUCUUUGCCCAGAGGCCAGCCGAGGCUGCUUGUAACGCAGACGCUGGCAGGGGGAAUGGGGAGGGGAAUGAGAGCGAGAUGGAAGAGCGGCAGGAGCGGCAGGUGGAUCCAGCUGUAGAGGCCAUUCUAUCCAUGCCCACAGUGCUGCUUAAAGCCCUCGCUGCUGCCGUGGACUAUCUGAGGGAGUUCAAUCUCCAACACGUGCUCACAGUGGGCGGCGGGUUUCGUCCGCUGCGCACCAGCCACCAGAUGGCGCUCUCGUCUAAUGCCCUAGAGCAGCUCGAGAUCCUUCAAAACAGUGCUGACAACACCUCUAGGGGCUCUCUCCUCUGGCUGCUAAAUCGCACACUCACAGCACCAGGAGGCAGGCUCAUGCGCCACUGGGUCACGCACCCCCUCACGCACCUCCCUCACAUCGCUCAGAGGCAAGAGGCCGUCUCUGAACUCCUCUCCUCCUCUCCCUCACUCUCUUCUGGAUCUAAUUUUCCUUCGGCCGGCGUUUCUCGGACGUUUCCUGGGAGUGGGAGGGGAGGGGGGGCGGUAGGGGCAGCGAGCAGGGGGGCGGAGGCAGGGGAGGGGGGAGUGGGGGAGGUGGUGCGGGGAGUGCUGGUGGCGCUGGCGCGCACGGGGGAUGUGGAGAGGGGCGUGACGCGGAUGCUGCAUAAGACAGUCACUCCCAAUGAGUUUGUUCGGGUGCUCUCAGCCCUCUCCUCCGCAGCACAGCACCUGCACUCCCUCCUUCCUGCCACCGCUGCCGCUGCUGCUGCUGAUGCUAGCACUGAAGCCAGUGACACUCCCAGUGUUCACUCACCCCUGCUGCAGCGGCUGCUAAGAGCAGCAGCGUCGCCAGCAGUGGUGCGGCAUGCCAGGCGAAUGCUGGCAGCUGUGGACGCCGAUGCUGCUGCCAAGGGGGACAAGGUCCACCUCAUAGUGAGCACCUCGUUAGAAGCACAAGAAAACAGUCACAUCUACGGGGAACCAACCUCAGAUCCUUCCAUGCAGUUUCCGGAACUCAGCACGUGCAGGGAGGCAGUUGGGGCGGCAGAGGCUCACCUCAACUCCCUCCUCCCAUCCAUCAGAUCUCAGCUGCGCCUGCCGUCCCUCUCCUUCUUCUCUGUCUCCGGUGCCACUCACCUCAUAGAGGUUCCCUCGGCUCUCAGGGUCCCCUCUGAUUGGCUCAAGCACAGCGCGGUUAAGGGUGGAAAGGCUGGGGGUGUUACGCGUUACCACCCGCCAGCUGUCCUCGCGGGAUUGGACAAGCUGGCUCUGGCGAAGGAAGCUGCAGCAGCGGCAGCAGGGAGGGCGUGGCAGGAGCUGUUGGAGGGGUUUAGGAGGGAGGGCGGGGGCCAUGUGGAGUUAAGACAGGCUGUGAAGGCACUUGCUGAGCUGGACUGUCUAUGUGCUCUUGCGGCUGUUUCUGCUUCUAAGGGGUAUGUUCGCCCGGAGUUUAUCCCGGAAGGUGGGCCCCAGAAUGUGCUUAUAACGAAUGGGAGGCACCCUGUGCUGGAUGUGACUAUGGGGGGCGAGUUUGUGCCGAACGACACCGUGCUGACGUCAGAUGGGGAGAGGUGCCACGUCAUCACUGGUCCCAACAUGGGCGGCAAGAGCUGCUACAUCCGCCAGGUGGCGCUGAUCUGCAUCAUGGCUCAGAUUGGCUGCUACGUGCCUGCUGACUCAGCGCGGCUGCACGUAUUGGACGGGGUUCUGACCCGCAUGGGGGCGGCAAAUGACAGCCUGUCACGUCGCACGUCCACGUUUCUGGAGGAGAUGGGAGAAGCUUCUGGGAUCCUUCGCCGGGCGACGGCUCAGUCGUUGGUGAUAGUGGAUGAGUUAGGUCGUGGCACCAGCACUCAUGAUGGCGUCGCCAUCGCUUAUGCCACCCUGCAUUAUCUCCUGUCCACAGUGCGCUGUCUCACGCUCUUCGUCACACACUACCCUGAAAUCGCUCAGCUGGAGAAAGAAUUCCCCAGAGUGAUGGGAAGCUUUCACGUGUCCUUUCUCGCCUCCACUCCGCCAGCUCCCCUUCCAGCAGCAGCACCUCCAAUCCCUUCGAAAAGACAGAAAGUAUUGUCAGAAUCAAUGAUACCUGGUUCUGAGGAUAAGGGAGAGACGAAGCCAGAUCAGCAGGUCACCUUCCUGUACAAGCUCGUCCGCGGGGUUGCCAGCCGAAGUUUUGGCCUGAACGUGGCCCGACUUGCUCAGGUUCCUGAGAGCGUUGUGCAGAGAGCAGCUGCCAUGGCUGCAAAGCUGGAGCAUGAUGUGCUUGAACGGAGGAGAAGCAGGAGGAUUGAGGCUGGAUCCUUCAGGACACUUGCUGGGGGCACUGCUACCCACCCUCAUACUCCAGAGGAGCAAGACAUGAAUCAGCAGAAGCUUCCAGAAUCAGCAGGAGCAGCUGGGAGAGCCAAAGCUUCAGCAAGUCAAGAAUCUUCGCAGCUACCAGGAGAUGAGCAGCAUGGAGGCAGCAGCAGCGAGGAAGAAGAGAUGAAGGCAUUAAAGCAAUGCUUAUCUCUGGUUCGAGACAGUCAAGCAAGGGUGGAUGCUAAAGGCGAGGGUACAGGCCAGGAGGUAUGCAGCAUGCAGUUGUAUUUGGACCAGAUUCGUCAACUAAAGAAGUCGAUCCAAAGAAUAGAGCAUAUGCAAUGUGACAUGAACUAGUGUGACCUGUCCUGCAUCUCCCUCUGUAUUCUAGGAUUAAGCAUAAGAUUUG